AGAAAAUGAUUGAUAGAAUAUAAACGACAUUUAUGUACGUUAUUAAAGCAAGCGAUAAAUCAUUUGCAGUCUAAAAAACAAACAGGGUCCCGAGAGCUACAUGAAACAGCGUUUGAAGGUCACGUAUGACUCUGAAAUAUAACACCCCAAAGAUGCAGACAUGCAAAUAUCUUGUACAAGGUAAUCCCACCACAAUCCACGCUAGAUAUUGACAUUUUCGAUGUACACUGUUUGGCUAAUGUAUUUUGACAGUCGAGGCAUGAAGGCUCCCAGAUGCUCUUUUCAACCGGCUGCAUCCAGAGCCUGCAUCUUUAAUCACGUCAUCAGCUUCAUAUAGCAUCUCAUCCAUCAACGCAUUCUUGAUUCCCGAGCUAGCGAGUUGUCGUGACGUCUUGUCGCAUCUUUGGAAAAACACCUGUGAAUGCCAUCGCAGAAACCCUUGAAUUUUGAGAGUCCUGCUCCUCGUCCAAUCAACAGAGGGACCAUGGACUACUCGAGGGAUCACCACGCUGACCUGCCGAUUGAAGACUGGCGAUCCUCUCUCAUGGAGAAAAAGAUAGAUCUGUAUAACUUUGAGGGCUGUGCGGCCGAGGAGUCAUCGUACAUACUCACCAGUCCGCGAUCCCUGCGGGCGUGUGCAAGAAUGAAGAUACAGCCUGUGGAACUGUUGGCCAAACCUGAGACAGAUUUUGAGGAGGAGCUGUUAACAUCUGGACAGCAGCCAGGGGAAGCAUCCAGGAAGCUCUAUGAUGCUCAUGAACGAGCGAGAUUAAGAAAGCUCUACAUGUGCAGACGAGCUCGAGAGGAGAUCAUUCAAGAGGAUGGAGGCGACGAGAGGAUCGAAGUCAUCGACAACGCCAAGCUGCUUUUCCAAGGAAUGAACAAACCACCUGAAAGAACACUUAAACACACUGCCAAUGGAAUAGAUCACAGUCGAGUGAUCAUUCCUAAAUCAGGCCAGGGAAACUCCAACCUCAGACCCGGGGCGAGUCCUCGACCACCAAGUCAUCCCCCGACUCGACCUCCACAUUCCAGAUCCUCAGCAACCUCAAAGACAUCAUCGACCUCCUCACCUAGGACACCAUCGACCUCCUCUCCUAGGACACCGUCCAGCAAGACAAGGAGCUCGGGCACGACCCCAUCAUCCACGGGAGGUCGAAGGAACCCUAACCCUGGGGAUCUUCCUCCGAGGCUCUUGAAGAGGUCAGCGUCCAUGCCUCCGACGUCGAGGCAGCGCCCUCAGUCGGCUGUCUCGAGCGGGUCGAGUCACCGGUCAUCAAGUCGAACGCCGUUAAGCCAAAGAUUGGUUCUGGAUGGUUCUGAGAGACCAUCCAGGUCGUCAUCUCGGUCAAGACCCUACAGUGCUAACCUGCCAGAGAGAGAUCAGAGAAUAUUGGACUGCAUGGUGUUCAAGAGAGAGCAAGAGAGGGACGAGCUGAGACACCAACGGGUCGCCAGUAAGGUGUGGGACGAGGAGAGGAGGAAGGAGGAGAAGAUCAGGAUGGAGAACGAGUUACAGAGAAGGAAGAACCUGGUGGAGAGAGAGCUGGAUAGACAGAAGAAAAGGGAGAGAAUGCAGAAGCAGAGAGACAAGGAGGAAAAGGAAAAGCUGAAGGAGUUUGAAAUGUCUCUCAAAUACAAGGAUGCUAAACAUGUCCAGAUGGCCUCACAACAAGACCUACUAAAGAUUCAGCAGAUAGACAUAAAGAAACAGGCCGAGAAAACGAAGAAAGAAAAACAGGUAUGACGAUAUCAGACUAUUUCCAAAACUUGCAUCCUUUUGUCUUUUACAUUACAUGAUGUAGAUUCUCUGAAACAGUCCUCCAUUU